UUUCUAGCCAACAUUACUGCAUGGCAUGGCAUGGCAAUCCAUUGGUCCUCCACAAAAGUCGAAUUAUUUCCUCCAUUAAUUCUUCUCUUCGUCCUUCAAAAUAGCCUUUUUCAAAUCAAAAUCCCACUGCAUUCUCCCAAACAUCAAUCUAGCUCGACAAUCUCAACAGGUUGAAAUUCGAUACCCUUACCCGAAGCAGAUCAAUCGAUUGAAAUUUCGAUAGUCUUAUCAAAAUUCUAGUGUAGAUGAAUAGAAAGAGAAGAAGAAAACAAACGAUUUGAAAAAAAAAAUUAAAAAAAAAAACAGGGGAAAAAACAGAGGAGCCGGGACAAAUUAUACAAUGAGCUCUCCUCCGCGGGACAACAAUGGCGAAGCAGCGACCGUUGACGAAGCCGCCGACCAUCUCCUGUGCGAUCCACCGUCGCCGCCGUCAUCCCGAGGCGGCGACAUGCUACCCGUGUACGUCGAGGCCGCGGACGACGGCGACGUGGUGGCGCCGCCGUUCUCGUGGAAGAAGAUGUGGCAGUUCACGGGACCGGGGCUGCUGAUGAGCGUGGCGUUUCUUGAUCCGGGAAACAUAGAGGGGGACCUGCAGGCCGGGGCGAUCGGGGGGUACUCGCUGCUGUGGCUGAUGAUGUGGGCCACGGCGGUGGGCCUGUUGAUCCAGUUGCUGUCGGCGAGGCUCGGGGUGGCGACGGGCCGGCACUUGGCGGAGCUGUGCAGGGAGGAGUACCCGUAUUGGGCCGGGAUUUUGUUGUGGGUCAUGACGGAGGUGGCUUUGAUCGGGGCCGAUAUACAGGAGGUGAUUGGCAGUGCCAUUGCUAUUAGGAUUCUGAGUCACGGCGUUUUGCCUCUUUGGGCCGGUGUUCUGAUUACGGCUUGUGAUUGUUUCUUUUUUCUAUUUCUUGAGAACUAUGGAGUGAGAAAAAUAGAGGCGGUUUUUGCUGUUUUCAUCUCAAUGAUGGCGCUAGCAUUUGCGUGGAUGUUUGUCGAUACAAAGCCUAGUGGAAAGGAACUAGUAUUAGGUCUUUUAAUUCCGAAACUAAGCUCAAAAACAAUUCAGCAGGCAGUUGGAAUCGUGGGUUGUGUCAUCACGCCUUACAACGUAUUUCUACAUUCUGCUUUAGUACAAUCGAGGAAUAUUAACCCUAAGAAGAUUGGCCGCGUCAAAGAGGCUCUCAAAUACUACUCCAUUGAAUCCUCAGUCGCCCUUCUUGUCUCUUUUGCUAUCAACUUAUUUGUCACAUCUGUCUUUGCUGUUGGCUUCUACGGCUCUAAACACGCUAAUAGCGUAGGCCUAGCAAAUGCAGGGGAAUAUCUUCAAGAGAAAUAUGGUGGAGGAUUAUUUCCUAUAUAUUACCUAUGGGGAAUUGGGUUAUUAGUAGCAGGGCAGAGUAGCACCAUAACGGGCACAUACGCCGGCCAGUUUAUAAUGGGGGGUUUUCUUGAUCUUCAGUUAAAGAAAUGGCUGAGGUCGUUGAUAUCGCGAAGUUGUGCAAUUGUUCCAACAGUGAUUGUGGCUCUUGUUUUUAAGAGAUCCGAAGCUACGCUGGAUGCCCUAAAUGAGUGGCUUAAUGUGCUUCAAUCUAUGCAAAUACCUUUUUCACUCAUCCCUCUUUUUACCUUGGUGUCCAAGGAGCAGAUCAUGGGGGUCUUUAAAAUAGGACCUGCUCUGGAGAGGGUCGUGUGGACCGUGACCGCCCUAGUAAUGGUGAUCAACGGGUACGUUUUGCUGGAUUUUUUCCGUUCCAAGAUUAACGGAUUUAUGCUGAGUUUUCUGGUCUGCACCGCGAUUGCUGCCUAUACAGCAUUCAUUUUGUAUCUAAUUUCAUUCGGUGUCGCCCGGCCCUAUUCCUGGUUUAGACUGACACGCUCCGAGGGAUACGAGCAUGCCAAGAAUUAAGUCAAUGAAUCUCCAUGUAUGAUCGAAGAGGCCACAAAAUUUCGUAGUAUGUUGUGCAUAUAAUCCUUGUACAUUCAGAUAGUGAGUAUAAAUUUGAAGUUUUUCUUUUUAUGGUUCAUGAUUAUUAUUCUUACAUCCGGGUGGAGAUGGUUCCUUCAAAGGGAUUGUAAAAGCUUCAUUAUACCUAUUUUUGUUUUCAAAUUGAUGUACAGUUCAUGAACAAUAUUUUUGUUCUCUCUAAAAACGGUUACAGGUAGAUUAAUUAUUUUUUCAUGGAAUUUUUUAUUUUUUAUUUUGUACUGGGAA